AUGACAACUGUCGCCAAGGACCUCGGGGAUCUCCAAGAGCGUGUCUCGUACAUACAGUCGGCGACCAACGACAAGCAGCACACUGCGGACGGCGAGUACGCCGAUGCCAAGACGCCCACCGAGCUCGAAGACGGCGCGCUCGUCGCCGGCGGUGCGCUCUCGCUCAUGUCGCGUGAAGCGCUUGGUCUCCUCUCGCAGUACUUUGCGAUCGGUAUCAUUUACGGCAUGCUUCCUGGUCUUCAGUACCCCGUCUUCAACAACUAUCUGCGCAUGGAAGGCUACCAGACCUCGGCGUACGGUGUCCUCUGCACGCUCGGCUGGUCGUUCAAGGUCUUCUACGGCAUGCUCUCGGACUGCGUGCCCAUCAUGGGCUACCGCCGCAAGCCGUGGAUGCUCAUCGGCUGGGGCGUCGCGACGCUCUGCCUCUGCAUCAUGACGUUCACGCCGUUCCCGGCGCCGUACUGCGACGGCCGCAAGGACAAGUGCCCGUCCGUGACCCCUCCGAUUGCCAACCUCACGCGCGACAACAAGCUGCAAUACUACAACUUUGACGCCCCGGACGCCGGUGGCCAAUUCAUUGUGCUCUCGGUCAUUGUCGGCUUUGGCUACGUCUUGGCCGACUGCGCCGCCGACGCCAUGGUCGUCGAGUAUGCCCAGCGUGAGCCGAUUGCGAUCCGCGGCCGCACCCAGACCGCGAUCUACAUCCUCCGCUACAUUGGCACGAUGGUGUCGCAGAUCUGCACGGCCUUCCUUCUCAAUGGCAAGGAGUACUCGGGGUCGUUCGACUUUGCCGUCAGCGUCAACGUCAUGUACGGCAUCUGCCUCGUGCCGUGCGGGCUCAUCGUCUUGAGCACCUUCUUCAUUCUCGUCGAGCGCAAGUCGGAGCGCAUUCCGUUCUCCCAGUGGACGUCCAGCUUCUGGGGCCUCCUCCAGAACCGCGUCAUGUGGCAGAUCUGCGCCUUCAAGUUCCUCAACCAGGUCUUUGGUGCGAUCGGCGCGACGCCCGGUACCCCGAUUGCGCGCACGUGGGCCAAGGUCGAGCCGCUCAACGAAGCGCUCUCGAGUGUCCUUGGCUCGCUCAUCAUGUCGGUGGUCAUGGCCAUUGUCGGCAAGUGGGGUCUCCACUGGAACUGGCGCUGGAUCAUCGCCCUCGGCACGAUCUCCAUCGUCCUCAUUGACGGCGCCGUCGUCUUCAUCACGAUCUGGAACGUCUUCCGCAACCAGUGGUUCUACAACGGUGUCGCGCUGGCCGAGAACGUCCCGGCCGGUAUCCGCUUCAUCGUCGCCACGUACUGCGCCGUCGAGAUCGCCGACGUCGGUAACGAGGGUGCCACCUACGGUCUUGUGACGACGGUCAACAACCUCGCGUCGCCGUUCGCGUCGGUCCUCUACAAGCUCAUCGACUCGUACUUUGAUGUGUCCCAGACCGACAUUGCCCGCGAUGACAACGCCGUGCAUUGGCAGGUGUCGUACUGCUUCUUGAUCUCGUACGCCUCCAAGCUCGCGGCGCUCGGCUGGCUCUUCCUCCUCCCGCCCCAGAAGGCCGAGAUGCAAGCCCUCAAGAAGCGCGGCGGCAAGAGCAAGCUCGCGGGUGGUAUCUUGAUCGCCGUCUUUGUCAUUGCGCUCAUCUUCUCGGUGUCGACCAACUUCAUGUCGAUUUACCCGUCGACCAAGUGCUACCGCAUCGCCGGCGGGAAGGGCUACUUUGCCAACGGCACGUGCAUCAAGUAA